GCAUCUAAAGCCGACUGUGCGCUCUUAGUUUUGCGUGUUUUGCUGAUGCUCUCCACCUGUUCCACUGACAGUCUGUCAAACCAAGUGAAUCCAACCAAUCAGCUGGGACCUCUUGGUAAAAUGGAGCAGUAUGUUGCUACAGAACCAUGGCUUUUAAUUGGAUUACAGAAGAGACCAAUCAGCCUUCUGCAAUCAAUGGGGCAUCCUGCAUCACUAAAGUUGCUGAUUGAGGCAGAAGGUGAACAGCUGCUGCUCAUUCUGGAGAAAAAUGAAGGUUUAUUUGCCAGUCACUACACUGAAACAUACUACAUGGAUGGAGGAAAACCAGUCACCACCUCACCCAGCAAAAAAAUGAAUUGCUACUACCAUGGUGUGGUGAAGGGUUAUAAGCACUCUGACGUCAUCCUCAGCACCUGUACAGGACUCAGAGGACUGAUCACAUUAAAAAACAAAGUAUUUAUUCUGGAGCCAUCGCUAAAGCCCAACAGCACACUGCAUCAUAUCUUUAGAGGAGAGCAUCUCACCCUACACCAGGGAACAUGUGGACAUGGACACAACAUAUCUCACUCCUCUGCACUCUCAAACAUAGUGAGCCUCUUCAGCUUGCAUGGUAACAGGUACAAGAGACAUGCUGAGAGCAACACCAAGUACGUAGAACUGAUCAUUGUAGCAGACAACAGGGAGUAUCAAAAACAGGGCAAGGAUCUGGAGAAAGUGAAACAGAGACUGGCUGAGAUUGCCAACUAUGUGGACAAGUUCUACAGGGCGCUAAAUAUCCGUGUGGCUUUGGUGGGUUUGGAAGUGUGGAGUGAUUCAGACAAAUGCUCCAUCUCUCAAGACCCUUUUACUACACUGCACGAGUUCCUGGACUGGAGGAAACUCAAACUCUUACGCCAGAAACCACACGACAAUGCCCAGCUAAUUAGUGGGGUGUAUUUUCAGGGCACCACCAUCGGCAUGGCUCCCAUAAUGAGCAUGUGUACUGCUGAGCAGUCAGGUGGCAUUGUCAUGGAUCACUCUGAUAACCCCCUGGGUGCUGCAGUUACCCUGGCUCAUGAGUUGGGACACAACUUUGGGAUGAACCAUGACACACCAGAGCGAGGGUGUGGUUGCAGGGUAACCGCAGACAGAGGCGGCUGCAUCAUGACUCCUUCAACUGGGUACCCAUUCCCCACAGUGUUUAGUACCUGCAGUAAGAAGGAUUUACUGGUCAGUUUGGAGAAGGGAGUGGGCAUGUGUCUCUUCAACAUGCCUGAGUAUAAGGUGCUCUACGGGGGGCAAAAAUGUGGCAAUGGCUAUGUAGAAGAGGGGGAGGAGUGUGACUGUGGAGAACUAGAGGAAUGUAUGAACCCAUGCUGCAAUGCCAGUACAUGCACUCUGAAGGCAAGUGCAGUAUGUGCACAUGGCCAGUGUUGUGAAAACUGUCAGUUAAAGGUCGCCGGUACACCUUGCAGAGACUCCACUAACUCAUGUGAUUUGCCAGAGUUCUGCACUGGUUCAUAUCCUCACUGCCCUGCUAAUGUUUACCUGCAUGAUGGCCACACAUGCCAUGGCAUGGAUGGACACUGCUACAAUGGCAUCUGCCAAACACAUGAACAGCAGUGCAUCACACUGUGGGGCCAGGGUACAAAGCCAGCUCCAGGCAUUUGUUUUGAGAGAGUUAACUCAGCAGGGGAUCCAUAUGGGAACUGUGGGAAAGACUCCAACGGUUUAUUCGCCAAGUGUGAAGCACAAGAUGCUAAAUGUGGUAAGAUACAGUGUCAAGGUGGAGCUAGUCGGCCAGUGAUUGGCACCAAUGCAGUCUCCAUAGAAACCAACAUACCCUUGCCAGAGGGUGGACGUAUCCUGUGUCGGGGAACCCACGUGUACCUGGGUGAUGACAUGCCUGAUCCAGGACUGGUACUAACUGGCACCAAAUGUGGCAACAACAUGAUGUGUCUAAACCGACAGUGUCAAAACAUCAGUCUGUUUGGGGUCCAUGAAUGCUCAGCCAAAUGCAGCAGUCGUGGGGUGUGUAACAAUAAAAAGAACUGUCACUGUGAGGCACACUGGGCUCCUCCGUUCUGUGAUAAGGCUGGAUAUGGAGGCAGUGUGGACAGUGGACCAGUGAGACAAGCAGAUGGGGAGAGUAUACAAGUGGGCAUCAUAGUGGCCUUCCUGUGCUUGCUUUGUGUGGGCAUGAUUGUCUGCAUAAAGAGAAAGACUCUGGUCAGCCUCUUCAUCAGUAGCAAAAAGAACAGCAUUGAGAAGCUAAGGUCAGAGGGACCAAGCAGACUAAAUAGCCCUACACAUACAGUGUCAAAAAACAACAUACACCAUGAAACAGAAACACUCUCUGGAUGCAGAGCAGCUUCUUAUUGCCAAGCAGCAGCCAUACCACAGAGUGCCAGCAUAUACAAGCCUAGAUGUCCGGUCCCAGCACUAGACUCUGUUGUUGGAUCUAAAAGUCUGCACACUCUUCCUCAGUGUCCAUCGGUCAACCCCUCCUUUCCUCUGCACUUUACACUGACCACCUCUUCACUAGCACCACCCAGCCACCGUGCACCUCCACCUCCUCUGCCACAUACACCUUCACUUAGUCACAGAUCUCCUCCUACAGUGCACAAACAUCCUCACAUCCACACACAAUCUCCAACCCGGAGAACCAUCAACUACCAGAACACCUGCAGGAUAGCCAUGGAGCUGGAAAAGCCCAGUCCACCUCAGAAGCCAUUGCCUGCUGACCCGUUAGGGCGGAGUUCCCAGUUUAGUCGAAGCUCCAUACAAACACAUCAAUCCACCCCCCACUCUGCUCCGCCCCUAUUGCAGCCCAUCAGACCACCUCCUAAGCCCCCAACACUACCAAAGCCUCAGUUCCUCACAGGAAUGAAGAAGCCAAUCAGCUGAGACACAACCGGUGGACAGGAGCGAUUCUUUUUAAAUUAGUUUUGCACUAUGAAACUCAGUUGGUCCUUAAGAACAGAGUCCUGGUCAUGACGACUUGAUGGUUUGAUCACUUGGUGCUACGCCUCCCAGCCGGUGCUGUGAGUCAGUACUCAGGUAUACAUUGCACAUUUAUUAUGUUCAUCCCAACUGUAUGUAUUUUAACACAGUGCAUUGUAAAAUGUUGUUUAAUUGGCCCUGAUUUUGUAUUGUCUAAUUGUAUUGUCUAAGGAAAGCACAGGCGCGGGUUUUAAGUACAGGGGGCUGCCAGCUGAAUCUAAAAGUGUGAUGCAAUUCAAAUAAAUGCACACCUGUGAACACACACAGACACACAAAGACACAGGGACUUGCAACCCCAAAUCAGAAAAAGUUGAGACAGAAAAGAAAAUGCAAAUAAAAUAAAAAUGCAGUGUUACAUUUACUUUGACUUUUAUUUGAUUGCAGACAGUUUGAACCAGCCCCGGUUCUGGACUGCUUUGCUUGGGGGGGCAGUAAAACCUAAUGAGGGGGCAUGUUGAUAGUCAUGUUUUUGAAGCCAGAAAUAUAUUCAAGGCUUGAUUUGUGCAUGAAUGAUGACAGCCAAGCAUUUAAUACUGGCUGUGAUGGCGAGGAAUCGUUAAAACCAUUAAGCCUGUGUUAGGAGAAGUUAGCCUAACCGCUAACGGCUAAUAAAAUAAUUUAAGCAACACCUAUGUAAGAGGUAAGUAACAUUAAAGCAACGAAAAAACACAGUUAAGCAAAUAUUACCAUGUGGAAGUCAGUUUAAACUCAGAAGAGUGUUUACCAGUAUACCUGCCUCUCGCUCACACUAACAGAACAUAUACUGCCGAACUGAACUGUUUGGGGCAGUCUGCCGAUUUUUAUAUGACUCAAAGAGCCAAUCAGGAAUAAGCAAGGAAAUAUCUUCACACUGUAAAACAAAAUGCAUUUUUGUGAUUGGUUCAGAGAUAAUUUUAAAAAUAGCCGUUGCUUGCAUUGUGCUUGGGGUGGCAAAGAC